AUGGGCAAGAAGGGGGCAGCUGCUCCGUUGCUGGACGGGAAGAUCAAGAUUAAUGGCGAAGGAGAGGAUGCGGCAGCAGGUAGUAUGAGGUGGUGGCGCGGCGGCGUGUGGGACGCGGAGGAGGCGGCGGGGCAGGUGGCGUUUGCGGCGCCCAUGGUGGCUACCAGCAUGGCCUUCUACGCCAUCCCGCUCGUCUCCGUCAUGUACGCCGGCCGCAUCGGCGACCUCGAGCUCGCCGGCGCAACGCUCGGCAACUCGUGGGGAACCGUCACCGGCAUCGCACUCAUGACUGGACUAAGUGGGUCUCUAGAGACGCUUUGUGGCCAAGGCUAUGGCGCAAAGGUGUACCACAUGCUGGGUGUGUACCUCCAAGCAUCCAUCAUCACCUCGGCACUCUCCUCAGUCCUAGUCUCGCUCCUGUGGCUCUACACCGAACCACUCCUCAUCUUCCUGCACCAAGACCCUGAGGUCUCGAGAAUGGCAGCGGUGUUCCUGCGGUACACAAUCCCGGCACAGUUCGCCUACGGGUUCAUCCAGUGCAUCCUCAGGUUCCUGCAGACGCAGUCUGUGGUGAUGCCACUGGUGGCAUUCUCGCUCCUGCCGCUGGUGUUCCAUGUCGGGAUCACUCACGCCUCCGUGCACUACCUGGGGCUCGGCUUCGCAGGCCCCGCCAUGACGACUUCGGUGUCGCUGUGGCUGUCUUGUGUCAUGCUCGCAGCCUACAUAAUUUUUUCGAAGAGAUUCAAGCGCACCUGGGGGGGAUUUUCAGCAGAGGCAUUUCAGUAUGUCCUGCCAGGGCUCAAGUUAGCUGUUCCCUCUGCAGUGAUGGUGUGCUUUGAGUACUGGUCUUUUGAGAUACUGGUGUUACUUGCUGGACUGAUGCCAGAUUCUCAGAUGAGCACUUCUAUCAUUGCCAUGUGUGUAAAUACUGAAUCAAUAUCAUACAUGAUCACCUAUGGGUUUGCUGCUGCUAUAAGCACAAGGGUGUCGAAUGAGCUGGGAGCUGGUAACACUGACAAGGCAAAGAAGGCGGUCAAGGUGACGCUCAUGCUCUCCAUACUGCUGGGAGUGACAUUUCUUCUGCUCCUAGGCCUUGGCCAUAAUUUGUGGGCAGGUCUGUUCAGUAAUAGCAAGACAGUGAUUAGCGCAUUCUCGUCGAUGACUCCAUUGCUAAUCGGGACAGUGGUGCUCGAUUCCACACAGGGAAUCUUGUCAGGGGUUUCAAGAGGCUGUGGUUGGCAGCACCUGGUAGCAUGGACCAACUUGGUAGCCUUCUACAUAAUUGGCUUGCCCCUGUCUCUCCUCCUUGGAUUCAAGCUUGGCUUUCAUACUAAGGGGCUAUGGAUGGGCCAGAUAUGCGGUCUCCUUAGCCAGAAUGCCGUUCUCCUGUUCAUCACACUACGAACCAAGUGGGAAAGAAUGGAGCUAACAAGAAACGGCGAAGAGGGGGACUUUGUCUGUUGAUAAUUCGAGAAACUGAUUAGUUUUGUAUCAUUGAACAGAUGUUAACUUCAACAUGUAACUGCAAUUUGAGAGAUGAAGUUCUGUGACUAAAGACUACACUAGUAUGAAGCAACGUACCCUGAGCAUGCUUGGGUGUAACUAGUAGCAAAAAGGCACAGCUGAAUAUAUGUUGCCGCAGUUUUGUAUGAAGAAAAAUCUGGAAAAGUGUAGCAAUAGCUCUAAAGCAAUGCUUGCUGAUUUUGCAAGUCAAAAGAA